UAGUAACUAUAUAGUAUAUACUAGGCGUCCAUGUUGUAAGGUAACAGGGAGUGAGGUAGUUGCUACGUGAUAUUUCUUAUUUAAAUCGUAGAUAAACAUACGUAUCAGUGACAAGACUAAUAAUUAAUAUUAAGAGUAAUAACAACGAAAUACGUACGAAGAUAUAUUAUUUGUAGGAAGUUAAAAUUAAAAGUACAAUGGUAUUUGAUAGAAUGAAGCAUGAAAAAACCAAAAAAUAUUCAUCAGUUAUAUUUACACUACUUAUUUUUUGGACCUUCUUGCUUUCUUAUUACUGGUGGUAUUUAUCUUCUGAAAACAUAGAUUUUUCGAUACAAGUAAAUCAACUAAACGAGCAGCUUAAAAUGAGUAUAGAAGAAAGGAAUCAGUGUGUAACAUUACGUAUGAAAUUAGAACAAAGAUAUAAACAAAUGGAAGAUGACAUAGCUUAUUUACAUAUAAAAUUAGAAAAGCAAAAUAAUAUACAGAAAAAAAAUGAUGAACUUAAAAAUUCUAUGACAAUCUGUAAAAGUAAAUUGCACUCAUUGAGUAUAUUGAAUGCAAAACUAAAAGAAAAUGAAAGAUUUCAGAAAGAAUUAGAAAAGGUCAAAGAUGAAUUGGUAAAAUUAAAACUUGCUUAUAAUGCACCAGCUAAUAAUAUUAAAUCUAAUCCUACGUUAGCACCUGAAAUCGAUUCAACAAUAGAAAAUAGCACGAUUGAAGGAAUAGAAGAUGACGAAAUAAUGAAAGAUGAUGUAGAUAUUCCAAAAAUACCGAUAAUAGAAAGUAUCUUUUAUAUAGAAAGAAAACCAACUAAUGAAACGACAAAUUAAAUAUCUCUAUGAUAUAAAUACUUAUUUACUCAUGCUAAAUACUCUUUACUCAUGCUAAAUUCUAUUUACUCAUGCUAAAUUCUAUUUACUCGUGCUAAAUAAUAUUUACUGAUACUUUACUAUUUGCUGAGACAAUUAAAGCAAAUUUAAUAAUUGGUGUUCUAAGAUAAUAAUAGAUUAGUUUUAGAAAUAAUAUUCAAUAGCUUCUAAUAUUUAACCAUAGUUAUGCAGUAUAACAAUAUUAAGUAUUAUUAUACUUAUUAUUCUCAAGAAAAUAAUUCACCUAUAUCUGCUUUCAUGUAAAAUUAUGGAAUAAAAAAAUCAAUGUUAUAAUGAUACAAUUGUAUUUUCUCUUAAUAUUCAUUUUUCUAUACACUUCUGAAGAAAUAUAAUUAUCUAGAAAUAACAAAAAAUUUAUUAAUACGACAAAUCAAUAAAUCAAUUAUGUUUAAGUAUGGUAAUACAUAGCAUGAUAUAAGCUUUAAUGUACAAGUGUCAUGUUAUAAAUUAUAUAUUAGCAAACAAUAUAUAGUGAUAGUAAUUGUUAAUGCUGCCAAUCUAUUUGUUGGUUUUUUGUUAAAAAUAAUAUAUUAUUUUCUUCUUUAUCAUAUAACUAAUUAAUAAAUUACUUAAAUUUCAAUUUACAUUUAAUUAAAGAACAUUAUGAUUCACAUAUAAUUAUAUUGCUUAUGAGUACAUUGUGCGUAUUAUAAAACGCAUUAUAAGGACGAUUUUAUUUUAAUAUACUACACAUUGUACAUAAAUAAUAUUCAAGCUGCAUUAUUUAACACUAUAUUGAUAUCCAUAUAACAAAAUGUAGAAUUUUUUUGACUAGGACAUUAUUAAGUAACGACUAGAUAUUUAUUCUAUAAAUUCAUUUUUUUUUUUUUCUUAUGUGGUAACAUGAUAGAAAUGUCUUUAAUAUUAAAGACAUUUCUUUUAAAUAUUCAUAUAUACCACAAGCCAACUAGUAAAUUAAGGGAUAGUCUACAACUGUUACAUAUUUACAUAUUAUGGGUCUUUGGAUUACUAAAUGUUACAUAUACUAAUGUAAAUAUGUGUUCUGAUUGAAGACUGCCCCUUCCAAAAGUCCGUACUUUUUUGUGCGACUUUUAUAUUAUCUAAAUUAUAAUUUUUUAAAUGUUAAUUUUAUACACAAUUCUGAUCGUUAUAUAAUACCUAGUAUAAUUUGUAUUAAAUUUAGUAUAAAAAAUUAUUCUCAAUAUUUAUGUUGCCUUCUCAUAUAGGCCUUCAUUUAAAGGAAGAUAAAUAGAAUUUUUACAUUUUUCAUAAAAGUCAAACAAUAUAUUAAAUAUUUAUUUUAUAAAAUUUUCAUUUAACGUUUCAUAUUCAUGUAUUUAUAUGCUAUAAAAUUUUAGGUUUCCCAUUUAUGGAUUCUGCAAUAUAUCAAUAAUAUUUAUUUCUUUGGUUAGAUAAACAUGUUAAGUGUAAUUACUAAAUCUUUUUCAUCUGCAGUAUUUUUUUAUCAAAGGAAAAAAAAAUAUAAAAAAAAAAAAAAAAAUAAAAAUAAAAAGUAUGCCCUUCUGGAAAUGCAUAUUAGGUAUUUACUUCCUUGUUUUUUUAUAUAACCAGCUCUUAUAAAUAAUAAGAGCUUAUAUAUUUAUCAACAGCCUUCGAGAUGAGUAAUAUUUAAGAACAAUGUGCUACAUGUACAGAAUAAUGUCAUGUAGAAUGUAUUGCUGUAAUACCUGAUACUUUUUACUUAUAGCGAAAGUGAAUCUUUUAUUAAAUUCUAUGUUCAACAUUGUUCUAUGGGGGCAUGUUACAACAGUUUGGACCAAUGUAACACAAAUCUAGUAUAUAGGCAUGCCACCUCAAUAUAUGAUCCACUUUCUCAUUUCAAAAUUACCUAUGAUGUAGAUUUGAUGAUAAGGCAGUGUGAUGUUAGUAAAUUAUUAAUCCCUAGGAAAGUACUCUAAAAAUAUAAAAAUCAUUAAAAUCUU